UACCUUUCUCGGCCUUUUGGCUAAGAUCAAGUGUAGUAUCUGUUCUUAUCAGUUUAAUAUCUGAUAUGUGGGCCAUGUGCCCACAACGAUAUUAAAUUUAUUUUUUGUGGGGGUGGGCCCACCACAGUAGCUUGCUGCUGGGGUCCACACGCGUCGCCUGGGCGUUGCACUGCUGCCCUGGCCCGGCGCACCCCAACCAAGUCAAUUAAAAACCUUUGAAAUCUGUUAUGUUCAGUUUCAGUUGGGCGAAUAGUCGAAACAGCCAGCCGUAUUUACGAGGCGGCGACUUUCUGAAGCCCAAGAAAAGACGAGGUUGUUGGAACAAGUACAUCACUCUGAUUUCUCUAUGGAGCGAUAGCGAAGACACAUCCGUAAAAUAAUUACAAAAGGGAUGGAUCUGGGUUAAAACCUAGCCACCUUAUCCAUCUGGUACGCACUCCAUUCCUCUGCGACCGGGGAGAACAACACCCACUGAGAAAAGGAGGGAGGGAGCUAUGGCAGUGGAGGAAGAAGGUCGGAAAGGAAUCCCAUCUCUCCUCUCAUCUGAGGGGGAGAACAUCGCCUCCAACAUCACCCAGCUCAUAGGCUGGACUCCACUUAUAGAAAUGAAGAAAAUUGCUAAGAAAGACGGCGUGGAAGCUCGGUUGAUUGGAAAGAUGGAAGCAUACCAACCCCUUUGCUCGGUUAAGGACAGGGCAGCUCUCCGGAUGAUUGAAGAUGCAGAGGAGAAGGGAUUGAUUUCACCUGGUGUGACGACACUAAUCGAGCCAACAGGCGGCAAUCAAGGAAUUGGGAUGGUGUUCAUCGCUGUUCAGAAAGGCUACCGCUUUAUUGCUGUUAUGCCUGCAAAAUAUUCACUUGACAAACAGAUGCUACUGAGAUUUUUGGGUGCUGAACUGGUACUAACAGAUCCUGCAAAUGGGUUCAAAGGAAUGAUUGGCAAGGUGGAGGAGCUGAUGAAGACAACACCAAAUUCUCAUUGUCUUAAUCAAGUCACCAAUCCAGCAAACCCAGAUGCACACUUCAGAUGGACUGGACCCGAGAUAUGGAAGGACACAGCAGGCAAAGUGGAUAUGUUUGUGGCCGCUGUUGGCACAGGAGGCACACUGACAGGUGUAGGAAAGUACCUGAAGAUGAAAAAUCCAUCCAUAAAGAUAGUGUGCGUGGAACCUUCAGAAAGCGCUGUAAUUUCAGGAGGCUCACCAGGGUCACACAAAAUUCAGGGCACGGGGCCAGGCUUCAUACCGGAGGUUCUCGACACGUCGGUCAUCGACGAGGUCAUUACGGUGAGCACGGAGGAGGCCAUGGCGAUGGCGAGGAGGCUGGCGAGGGAGGAGGGCCUGCUGGUCGGCAUAUCCUCCGGUGCAAACGUAGCUGCUUGUGUCAAGGCACAAUGUACAACCAUAUCGAAUUGGCCUGCACGUACGGAGGCGAACACCAGCAAUAUUCAGUCAUGAUGCCUGAAGUGAACUUUCAAAAAUCCAAAUGCAACAUUACAACACAAAAUUGUCAGUCUGCAUGUUGUUAAUAGGAUGGUUACCUUAUCGCCAAUUGGCUUCCCAUUUCUGAAGGCUGACAAUGUACACAAUAUGCACACAUGAGUAUGGAGAUUAAAAACAUUCAAGAUACAGGAGGGUAGGAACUGAACUUACGGAGGCUGACGGAUCCGCUGUCUGCCAAGGUAUCAUUCAGCAAGUAUUUGAUGACAGUGGAAUGGUCUUCCUUUGUGUAGAAUGUGGUGUAGUGAUUGAUCCCCACAAAGUCUAGCGACCCCUUCACCAAAUCGGCCUCUUUCGUCAUGAACCUCGGCAGCCUUUCUCUAACCCUCGAUCUCAUCGUCGCCGGGUAAUCACCGAAGAAGAAGGGAUCGGCAAACCUUUUUGACAUAACAUCUGUUUAUCUCAGCAACUCCAGAAACUUAAAUUUGGAACUACUACUAUGCUAGCUUUGUUCAUUGUCACUGUAAUCAAUUCUACGAAAAUGCUAGACUAGCUAUGUUAUUGCCA